AAUAAAAAUGGACCAGGGCUGACACCUGGUUAUAAACACAGGAAGGAUUCCAAAGUAGUAAUCGCAAAUCGGCAGAAAAAAACCCAACCGGCAUCUUCAAGAAACGCAAUGACCUCCAGUAAAGUUGAACUGCCAGGAGAGGUGAAGAACGACCCGGCUGCGCUCAUGGCAUCUCUUCAUCUGGUGCCCUCACCGGUACCCAAUCCUGAAAUCAAGUACACUAAGAUUUUUAUUAAUAACGAAUGGCAUGAUUCUGUGAGCGGUAAGGUCUUCAGCACAUACAACCCGGCCACAGGGGAGAAGAUCUGCGAUGUCCAGGAAGCAGAUAAGGCUGAUGUGGACAAAGCCGUGAAGGCUGCGCGUUCGGCCUUCUCUCUGGGUUCAGUAUGGAGGAAGAUGGAUGCAUCUGAACGUGGGAAGCUGUUGUUCAAGCUAGCUGACCUGGUGGAAAGAGACAGAGCCUACCUUGCUACCCUGGAGUCUCUGGACACUGGGAAACCUUUCCUCUCCUCGUUCUUUGUGGACCUUCAGGGAACCAUUAAAACGUUUCGAUAUUUUGCUGGAUGGGCAGAUAAGAUCCACGGUUCCACGAUUCCAACUGAUGGAGAAUAUUUCACUCUUACCAGACAUGAGCCCAUUGGAGUUUGUGGACAGAUCGUUCCUUGGAACUUCCCCCUGGUGAUGACAGCAUGGAAAUUGGGGCCAGCGCUGAGCUGUGGGAACACUGUUGUCCUGAAACCUGCUGAGCAGACCCCUCUCACCUGCCUCUACAUUGGUGCUCUGAUCAAAGAGGCUGGGUUUCCACCGGGAGUCGUCAAUAUUUUGCCAGGCUACGGGCCAACCGCGGGAGCCGCGAUCGCUUCACACAUGGGCAUAGACAAAGUGGCGUUCACAGGAUCGACUGAGGUAGGCAAGCUGAUCCAAGAAGCAGCAGGAAAGAGCAAUCUGAAGAGAGUCACGCUAGAGCUUGGGGGAAAGAGUCCCAACAUCAUUUUUGCAGAUGCUGAUUGUAAGUAUUCAGACGCUGUUUUACGGCUGCCCUCCUGUUGUCCCGCUGCAACAGUUUGUGCACAGGUGAGUGUAGAGCAGCAGAGACGUGUACUGGAGCUGAUUCAGAGCGGCAUCACUGAGGGAGCUAAACUGGAGUGUGGCGGCAAAGCUCCCCUUUCUAAAGGCUUCUUUGUGGAGCCCACAGUCUUUUCUGAUGUACAGGACCACAUGCGCAUUGCCAAGGAGGAGAUAUUUGGGCCAGUUCAGCAGAUCAUGAAGUUUAAAACUAUUGAAGAAGUGAUUGAGAGAGCCAACAACACAGAAUAUGGUCUGGUAGCAGCGGUCUUCACCACAGACCUCAACAAGGCCAUGAAUGUCUCUGCAGCUCUGCAGGCCGGCACUGUCUGGAUCAACUGUUAUAAUGCCAUGAGCUGCCAGUGUCCUUUUGGAGGAUUCAAAAUGUCCGGCAAUGGUCGUGAACUGGGUGAGAUCGGACUGAAAGAGUAUACAGAGGUGAAAACCAUUACAAUGAAGAUGUCAGGGAAGAAAUCCUAAAGCACAAAUAUGUACGUUCCUAACAGCGGGAAGUCUUCCUUUGAGGUUAACCACUAGCCAUUAUCCUUUGGUUGUCUAUAGUGGUAGAACACCACACACAGUAACCACCCAUCACUUCUGCAUUGGAGCACCUCUUCUCCUGCAUCCUCAUAGGCUGCCCUUCAUCUCCAUCCCGCGUCCACUAGCAGCUCCACAUCCACGGCCACAAUUAACCGCCUACACCCAUUCCAGCUGUGACCUCCUUUCGCCGGCUCCACUAACCAUACUAAAGCACUCGGAGUCCUGGUGAAAGAGGGCUACGCUUUUGACCACUGCACCAGCAAUGUGCAGACACUAACAGACUACGACCACUCUCUCUGAUGAUCUCCCACGUCAAGUGUUUUUUUACACACCACAUGGCUAAAGGAGGUCUGAGGGGUACCAUUCUCAAACCUCAUAAUUAACUUGCCUUUCCACUGGGUAGAAAUCUAGUAGGCAUAUUAGUUUUUACUAAGACCACUGAAGCUCUCUAUCUCA